AUGGCUGCACGCAGACAGAUCCGUGCCCAAGAGUCACGGAGUGCUCUCCCGCGCGAUGACUUCUCCGCAUCAAUGAAUUGGUACCAAGCUGUUCUCGAAAGCUACAGUCUUGAAGCGGACGAGUCGGCAAUCAAGGCAGGAUGGCACGGGUCGAUUACGCAGUACGCGAUGCAAGACCCGCUAGCGCUAGCUGCAACUGUUCGAAGCUUAGAAGCGCAAGGCAUGUUGGCUGAUGACACCGUCUUGGAAAUGGAGACGGCGCAUCGCUAUCGGUCCGCUCUGACCGCAACCCAGAACAUCCACAGAAGGCGCUACAUGGAGCCGAAAGGCACUUCUAAUGCCGUAUAG